AACGGCAUCGGUGACGUAUUUCGCAGCCAAACCCGGCAUCAGUCAAGCCCGGCCGCGAACCUCAGAAACGCGACUGCUGUUGCUUUGUGCGCCCAAGGAAACGCCGCCUGUUAACGGCGUUGCCACUCCAAAAUUGCGGCAAAGGCGACGCCGGGCACGAAAGCGGGCACGGCUCGGGAGCGCGGAUGCAUUAAACUGGGCGAACUUGCGACAGUCGUGACAAAUGGCCAAGUGGCGGCCAUUCGCGGAUGCAUACUAACGUCAUAAUGGAACGCGCUACCAAAUGGUCUCUCGGUCGCCCGUGCCAGUUAUUACGGCGUCUCCAGCAGCUCCCGGGACGCUCGCGGACGUGGACGUGGACGUGGACGUGACCACCGACCCUACGCCCUACGGAAACGCAGUUGCAUCUUGUACGAUUGCUGUCGCGCGCGACCCUCGUUACAAAGUCAAGCGUUAUCUCGAAACGCGGAGCGCGGCCGGAAGUCAUCCGCCCUUCAGCGAGCGAGCCCUUCGCAAAGGGUGCGCGGUUGAGAACUGUCGAGAGACUGGAUUACGACGCGGGGACACUCCUUUGCUGCCCGGAGUCACCGCGACAUGUUGCUGCUGCUGCUGCCGCCGCCGCUGCGUUUCGUCGGCGUCAGCGUUUUUCCUCCGGGCGGUAACGACGACGAAUGACGCGGUGGCAGAGCUAAGCGGCGAGCAUACGGCUCCCAUUCCUGAGAAGCGCUAACGCCGCUUCCCACGCGAAGCGGUGGCUUUCAUUUACUCUGGCCUCUCAUUUUUCGCGACCCGUUUGCAUUCACGAUGACGGCCGCGCGAGUUUAUCGCUCCGAGGAACUCUGCAAGGAACGUCGCGGCCGUAUUUAACCGCGCUAUUGCAUCCGUAUAAACGCGCCAUGGCCGUGCCAUGCGCCAUUAUUAUAAAAUACUUGCUAAUUGCAAAGGAAGAUAACGCGCCAGUCGAUGAGUAAAAAAAAUCGCAGCACUAUCUACAUCUUACGAUGCGAAUUUCAAAAGUAGAGGAAAGUCUUUUAUUAUGAAAUAGGUUUCUAAUAUGAGAUGACAGGU